CGUGCAAUCGCCAGACAGUUCUGUGUUUAUAUUUUUUAUCGAUUCAAAACCCUGAGAAAACCGGCAUCGCCUUCAAGCUCAGAAAAUGUGCUCGUAUCUCGAUGGAUAUGUGUUUUAAAUAUUUAAAAUCGCGGUGUUUGUUUAGCUCCGCGCAAAAACACAUCACGACAUCGUUUUAUAGACUAUCGGUUGUGAAUUGAACGAACGUACAUAACCUCAACAGAAAAGUUAAAUGUUUUUGAUAAGAGAAAAGUUGUACCUUUUUCGAAAGAACACGUCGCAGUAUCUGUCGAGAUGGCUCAACGAUUGAGUGGCAAAGCGAAACUAAAAUCGCUGUUGGCGGUGACGAGCACCGCUGCAACUUUGUUUGGCGGCAUUUGCAUUUAUCAGGGUAACGAGAAAUUUUACAACCAAGUUGCCAUGCCUUUGGUGCAGCUAGUGGAUCCCGAGGUCGCGCACAAAGCAGCUGUGAAAAUUUUGAAAUGGGGACUCUUACCUGUGCAAAAUGCAGAGGAUCCAGAAUCUCUUGCGAUCGAUGUCUGGGGCCUGAAAUUUAAAAAUCCUAUUGGAAUGGCUGCUGGGUUUGAUAAGCAAGGGGAAGCUGUAGAGGGCUUGCACAAAAUAGGUUUUAGUUUCGUAGAAAUAGGAUCUGUUACACCAAAGCCUCAACCUGGUAACCCUAAACCAAGGUUAUUUCGCCUCUCAGAGGAUAAUGCAGUAGUUAAUAGGUAUGGUUUCAACAGUGAAGGUCACGACACUGUAUGGCAACAUCUUAGAAAAUUCAGGGAGAACAGAGAAUUCCAUGGUAUCAUUGGAGUGAACUUAGGUAAAAAUAAAACAUCCGAAGAUCCAGCUCAAGAUUACAUAGAAGGCAUCAAGAAGUUUUCAGAUGUGGCAGAUUACUUUGUAAUUAAUAUAUCUAGUCCUAACACUCCUGGAUUGAGGUCUCUGCAGAAUAAGCAGAACCUAGAACAGUUGUUGACAAAAGUAAAUGAUGUUAGACAAUCUAUACAGAGCAAGCAGCCAUUGUUAUUAAAGCUUGCACCAGAUUUGUCGGAGUCUGAAAGGCAAGAUGUCGCGGAUGUGAUAGUACAGAAGAAAUCCAAAGUGGAUGGUUUGAUAUUAUGCAACACCACGAUCACGCGGAACAAUUUAACGAGUUCAUUAAAAGAGGAGAGCGGAGGUCUCAGCGGAGCUCCGCUUUCUCAUAUGUCCACGGAAAUGAUUUCGGAUAUGUACAAACGGACCCACGGUACCAUUCCAAUUAUUGGCGUGGGUGGAAUUUUCACUGGUGCGGAUGCUUACGACAAAAUUAAAGCCGGUGCUUCCUUGGUACAAGUAUACACGUCGUUCGCGUACCGAGGACCACCGAUUCUAGGGAAAAUUAAACGGGAGCUGAACGACAUGCUCAAGCAAGAUGGCCUAACAUCUAUCAAAGAUGCAGUUGGAAGAGAUGCCAAUGUUAGAUAAUUCGUUUUAAUCAAUUUUAAUGUUUUUUUUACUUACCUGUCGAUUCAAGCAGAGAGCUCUGUAAUGGCUCGGCUAGCACUCCUUGCGAUAGAGCCUGGAUUUAAAUAUUUUUUUACCAGAGUGUUGCAAAAGUGUAUAUUUUAUACGAACAAACUUAUUUAAAAAAUGUUAAAUUAUUAUUGUUUGUUUUUUCAAACGUUAAAGAUCGUUAUAUACAUUUCGAAUAAAGAGAAUUUGUACAAUGCAA